AUGUCCUCGAGGAUACUUGUGACGGGUGGCGCGGGUUACAUUGGGAGUCACACGGUGCUGCAGCUGCUGCUGGGCGGGUACAAGGCGGUUGUGGUGGACAAUUUGGAUAAUUCAUCGGAAGUUGCCAUCAAAAGGGUUCAGGAGCUCGCCGGCAAACAUGGCUCUAACAUGACCUUUCAUAAAAUAGAUCUUCGGGAUAAGCCGGCACUUGAGAAACUUUUUGUUUCUGAAAAGUUUGAUGCCGUCAUUCAUUUUGCUGGGUUAAAGGCAGUUGGAGAAAGUGUGCAGAAACCCUUGAUGUAUUAUGACAAUAACAUUGUUGGUACUAUUAUGCUGUUGGAAGUCAUGGCUGCCCAUGGAUGUAAAAAACUAGUGUUUUCAUCAUCAGCUACUGUGUAUGGCUGGCCGAAAGAGGUCCCAUGCACUGAAGACUCCCCUAUUAGUGCUAUGAAUCCUUAUGGACGGACUAAGCUUUUUAUAGAAGAGAUAUGUCGGGACCUUUACCAGUCGGACAAAACAUGGAAAAUCAUUUUACUGAGGUAUUUCAAUCCUGUGGGUGCCCAUCCAAGUGGGCAUAUUGGUGAAGAUCCUAGAGGGAUCCCAAACAAUCUUAUGCCCUUUGUGCAACAAGUGGCUGUUGGAAGGCGGCCUGCGCUUACUGUUUACGGAACUGACUAUGGCACAAAGGAUGGAACAGGGGUACGUGAUUACAUCCAUGUUGUGGACUUAGCAGAUGGCCAUAUUGCUGCUGUGAACAAGCUUUCUGAUCCUUCUGUAGGCUGUGAGGUAUACAAUCUUGGGACAGGACGUGGUACAUCCGUCUUAGAAAUGGUUGCAGCAUUUGAAAAAGCAUCAGGGAAGAAAAUUCCAUUGAUAAUGGCCAAUCGACGACCUGGAGAUGCGGAGAUUGUAUAUGCUGAAACAGACAAAGCCGAACGGGAGCUUAACUGGAAGGCAAAAUACGGCAUUGACGAGAUGUGCAGAGACCUGUGGAACUGGGCAAGCAAGAACCCUUACGGUUACGAGCCGGCCAAGUGA